UUUCCCACCAUCAUUUGCACUUGGGCACCACACAGCAAAGCGUCAUGGAUGCGGAGAGCCUGACGAGCUUCAUGGCCAUCACAGGCGCCGACGGUGCGACAGCGCAGCAAUACUUGGACUUGACAAACUGGAACAUGGAAGAAGCUGUGAACCUGUUCAUGGAGAGCGGUGGCAGCGGCACAAGCGGGGGGAAUGGUGCAGCGAGCAGCGGCAACCAUGAUCCUUUUGAUCCGUACGGACAACAAGACGUGCGUGCACCUGAUCCGUCGAAGCGACAGCGUUUAGUCGGUGGUCCAGACUUGAGUAGCCAUUCUGGGUAUCCGCUGCCGUCGCACGGCUAUGGACGGCAAGACUUCUUUCAGUCCCAUUUGGCGUCUGCUGCGUCGGCCGCAUCCCGCCCUGACGCCCUGUUCCAGCGUGAUUUUGCCGCCGAGGCCGUUGCAAGCCUCGGCUUUCCGCGACGCACGAGCUCCAACGCCGACGCCGAUGGCGCGUCGUCACGACCUCCCGAGGCGGCGCAAUCGUUGUCGCAGCUCUUCCAACCGCCGGUUGCUAUCAUGUUUUACGGCAGUCUCUCCGAAGCGCGCCAGCUUGCAAAGCAGGAGCGCAAGUGGCUGCUUGUGAAUGUGCAGGACGACACAGUGUUUGCCAGUUUGCGCCUGAACCGCGACACGUGGAACGAUGACUUUGUGCAAAACUUGAUCACGAGCGGGUUUGUCUUUUGGCAGAUCUACAUCAGCUCGGACCAUUGCAAAAAGUUUUGCUCGCUGUACCAGCUCGACCAGUCGACGCUCCCUAUCACGUGCAUCCUCGAUCCCGUCACGGGGCAAAAGGUCGUCGAGUGGCACGACUAUAUCGAGCCACAGACCAUGGCGGAGAAGUUGUCGGACUUUGCGUGCUUGAACAGUCCUGGCGCGCCGGUGGCGCGACCCGCCGAGCCAUCUCCUCCGCGUUCGAGAGAAUGGACGGAAGAUGACGAACUGGCCGCCGCGAUCGCUGCGUCGUUGGAGCAGCCGAGUGACGACGGCAUGAAAAGCGAGGCGGCACAGGCUGCCCCGCCGCCGCCUCCCGCAUUUGUGCCGCUGCCGGACGAACCUGUCGAUGGACCGACCGUGACGCGUGUCCAAAUACGCACGACGGCGGGAUCGCGACUCAUGCGUCGAUUCGAAAAGACGGCGCCCGUGUCGGAUCUGUGGCGCUUUGUCCAGCAAGAGCUUCCCGAAGCGCGGACGCGGCGAUUUGAGCUGCGGACGACGUACCCCCCCGCGACGCUGACGAGCUCCGACACAACGUUGGCCGAGGCGAAUCUGGUCAACGCGUCGCUCAUGAUGCAAUGGACAACGUUGGAAUAGAGUGCGAUGUUUCGUCGUCAUUACUUUCGAGUGCGGAGGUUCUUGCGAAUGAUGGCGACCAUUUGGG